AUGGCGGAUCAUAUUGAAGCAGCGAAGCAGGCCUGGCACCAAGCCCAGAAGCUUCGCAAGCACCUGCAGAAGGAGGUUGAGAAGCUCAAGAGUGACUCCGAUGGCAACGACCUUAAGCAUUUCGAGGCCUUGGAGAGUGUCAUUUCCUCUCUCCGCCUCGCCUGCCUCCAUGUCAUAUUCCACGAUUUCGAGUACUCCGCCACCGAAAAGGUCGACUCCAACCUCUGGCAAGCACACAGCAUUGUCAACAGCGAGUACCGAAAGGUCUUGGGCCGUCUGAGAUCGGCACAGCUCGCCGUCCAGAAGCGCAAGCUGGAUAGGAUGUAUAGUGGCUUCCUGAAGACGGCGCAAAAGUUCUACGUCGCCUUUGUCCAGCGCCUGUCCGCAGUGUACCCGAUUCCCGAGCUUCAGCGCAUCGCAGAGGGCAUCAAGGCAGAUAAGCUGGCGGAGGAGAACCCCAUGGCCAAUACCACGCCCGCCGUCCGCCAAAUCAUCCUCAAGUAUGUCCACUCGGCUCUCAUACACUUGGGCGACCUCUCGAGAUACCGGAUGCAGGCACGUCAUAAGGUCCCCAGCUAUGAGGCCGCCUUGACCUACUAUUCCCUCGCCCACGACAUUAUCCCCACCUCGGGCUUCGCCCACCAUCAAAUGGGCAUCAUUUACUUGGAUGAGAAGAAGCAUUUGGAUAUCAUAUACCACUUCUACCGCGCCCUGGCCAUUGAGGAGCCACAUCCAAUGGCUUCUCAAAACCUCGAGGCCGAGUUAAAGAGUCUACAGGGGCCCAUUACACCGGCUCGUCGCACUGGUCCUCCUGAUACCCAGGAGGCCUUUGUGGCCUGGUUCGUCCGUCUGCAUUCUCACUUCAACAAGGGUGAAGUGUUCUCAUCCUACCAGGAGCUCGAGAAGGAAGUGAUCAAUCAUCUGGAAAUUGCUAUCAAGGCCCCCAAUACUCGGGCCAUGCUCCUCAAGAUGGUCUUGCUCAACAUUUCUGCCUUUUACGCUUCGAAUAAGAAACUGAGCGGUAACCGGACCGAGGCUGCUUUGCGUUCGUCUCACUUCAUUCUACGUCUGAAUGCUCGGUUCUUCUUGACGUUCUGUCGACUCCUUAAGAAGGAGCUGGAGAAGCUUAUCGAAGAGCAGACAUCCAGCGAACAGGAUGGUACUGUAGACAAAGUCACGGCUUUGACAGAGAACACUCUUCCGUUCGUGCGCCUGUAUGCCGCCUGCCUCGUGGCCUGUCGUACUGAGAUUAUGAGUGCCCAAGACACUCCCGAGCUCUUUGUUAAGGACAUGUACCGAGGCUUUGCGAAGGCGCUGACUGGCCUUUGUGAGAUGUACGGCAAUGAGGAUCUCAAGCUCGCCCCGUACCUGCUUGCCGAGGAUCAGGAAGCGAUAGGAAUGCUCCCCCUUUGCGACCCACAGCUGCCGCAGAGUUGUCGCCUUAACUACAACGAGGAUACUGGAAACCUGAAGCCGCAGGUCCAGCACUACAGCGGCCAGAAGCUCGACGCUCUCCAAGAGACCUUCUCCAGGGUCCUGGACACCAUCAAGUGUGGUUUCUUCCUCGCCAACGAUGAUACGAACUUUCCGUUCACCUACACUUCGUCGCCAAAGGGACUCAUCUUCAAAUACGAAGAGGACUAUACGCCAAAGCCUUCGGUCGUUGCCGCCGUUCCUCGACCUGCAAUUGAGAAAGAUGCCACCGUGGAGGUUUCUACGGCGCAUCGUGAACGGUCUCAGCAUUCUGGUCGUGUCAGAGAUACACCUUCGAGUGCAGCACCGUCUGUACCGCCCCAUAGUACAGCUCCGCCGCAGCCGCAGUCGCAUCCUACUCCGGGUCGCAACAGGGUCCACGGCCAGUCCGAGUAUGACUUGAGCUCCGAUGCUGAGAUGCUCCAUAUGGUCAACGACUUCCUGAUGCCUCCCCAAGCCCAUGUCUCUCCCACAGAGAGUCACGAGGAUACUUCGUACGGAAUGAAUUCAGCCAUGGCCAACGAGGUAUUUGCCAAGACGUUCCCAAGCCUUCCGUGGAACAUGAUCUACACCCCGACGCCUCAGGGCAAGAACUCGGAGCUGACGCCACCAGACCGCGCCAUUAGAGAUGCAGCCGCUAGGAGGUCCUUCGAUGGAAGUGCCCACCCCAAGAGGAACCUCUCGGUCUCCGGUCAUGCUAUGUUUGAUGACCCCUUUGCAGAUGUUCGCGAAAAUCCUUACGUGUCUCGACAGCAGCAGCAGCAGCAGCAGCGGGCCUUCUCCAGCACUCCUGAUAUCACGGCCCAUCAAGACCGCCUCCUGCAGGCUUUUGGCAAGCAGCCUACUGACUCGAGAUCCAUGAGCCGUGACUUUUCAGGAGGAGGCUACGGCCUGUGGGGAAGCCCAUAUGCGGAUCUCAAUCCCAACGCGCUGCAGCCUAGAGCAUCGUCUACCCAUGCUCGCUCCUUGAGUGGUUCCCGACCUCCAUACGCCCAGAGCCCCAGCAUGGCUCAUGGUGCUGCGGGGAGCUUCUCACCGCCUUCAGGAACCCAGUUUUCUAAUGUUAGCGGCAUCUUCCAGAGCACUCCGUGCAACGGCAUCAACUACACCGCGACCACUGCUUUCGGAAGAGGUCCCAUUGCCGACAUGCGGGAAGAUCCUACCCACUACAAGAAUCUGGUCAGACAGAACGGAGGUGCCGCUACUGACGGCUACACAGCCGGAUACAACGACAUGAUUCUUCAGUCUGCCAUGUCCGACGAGAUGAAGCGCGCUUCCGGUCAAAACUCGCGUCACUGA